GUGGGAAUGGUCUUCGCUCUGGCGUCCUCAGCUUAUAAAAUUUCAGUUUGUGUUUUUGAUCUGGAGUGUUAAGACCAACGCUGGAUUUCGAAAUAUUUUGAAAUUAAAGGCCGUAAAAAUACUAAGAGAGAAAGUACAUUCUUUCGGAGUUUAUCUACAAGGGCUGGGAACCUCAAGCUUAACGACUUUCGUUUUCGAUUUGGAAAUGCGCAACUUCAAACAUGAGUACUCCUUCAUGUUUGAAUACUCCAAAAGCGAGAGCAGAUUUAUUGGGUUGCCCUACGACAGGGAAUUCGAGCUAAUGUGGCAACAGAUCGGUGACGAACUCCGAUCCAGGCAUAAUCGAUUCUUGGGCAUGCCGUUCGAUAGUGGAUUUGAAAAGAUGUGGCGUCAAAUUAGAGAUGAAUUAAGGCGAGAUCAGGAAGACAAGGACUUGGCUCUCAGUUUCAAUCGAAAUUUAACCCUAACCGUAAAGGAGGAAGGCGAUGUCGGCCCAGUUGAGUCUUUUAUUGAACGCAGAUAAAAUAUAUUCAAUUUUAUUGAAAGGCAUGUUAUUGUUUAAAGUACGUAUGUAUGUCUAUUAAGUAUGCAUUGUAAAGAUUACGUCGGUUUGGUUAAAAUAAUUUAUUGUUUUCGGAAUUGGUUUCAAAGUCGAAUAAGUCAAGCGGUUGCUUGAUUUCGAUUGGAAAAAAGGUAAUAAAAAAGACUUAACAUA